AGUCAAAACCAAAACUCCUUGGCUUCGAGGAGGUCGGGUUGGGGCGCCUGAUUGCGGUGGUGGCUUCUCUGCGAUGGACUCGUGAAGGUACGGCCGUACUUGAAGCCUCCGUUGGCAGGGAUCCUUCUCAGAAGAGACGAGGUCGAGAGGGGAGAACUGGUCUGCAGUUCUGUGUUUUGUGCUGCUUACAUAUGCGGACUGCAACGAGAGAAACGAGCGGCUGAUACCCAACCCCCGUCCCAGGGCCCGUCGCAUGUGUGUCCCGGGGUGCGAUGGCGCACGUGCUGCUGCCCUGCGACGUGCCCACGUGGCCCGAGGUGCAGCGCCACCUGGGCCAGCUCAAGUUCGCCCACUCGCCCGAGCAGCUGGUGGCCGACAUGCAGCGCAUCUACGACCUCUGCUGCGUAGGCCUGGAUCCGGAGGAGCUUCCCCGGGAGGAGAUCCGGCUGGACCUGCUCAAGAAGUUCCUCAAGUCCCUGCGGCCGGAGGAGAGCAGGCGCUUCUUCGAGGCCACCCUGCCCGCUCUCAUCUCGGCCGCGCUCAAGCUCAAGCAGCUCAGGCCACACGCGGGAUUCCUCUACUGCCUGCAGCAGCAAGAGGGCAUGUUUGCCCUGGAACGUCCGUUUCUGGCUUCGCUCCUGGCCAACUGUUUCUUCUCCACGUUCCCCAAGCGAAAUCCAAGGACCCACCCGACUCUUCAGGACUUCAACCUGUCAGAGCUCUUCCCUUUCCUCUCCAUGUCCUGCCAGUGUGAAAAACUGAGGAGGCUUUUCGCCUACUUCGACUGCACCUUUCGAGACGAACCGGACGGCGCCGUGUACUUCUGCAGGCAGGUGACGCCGAUCCGGAACCUAAUGUCACUUCCCGAAUGGAUGUGCAGCGACUGCCCUCUGUGUCCUCUGAUGGUCCGCACCAGGGGACUCGUGGAAGAGGCCGAGCCCAUCUUGGUCAAGUCCUACCCUUGUCAUCCAAGCAUUGGUGGAGACGUGCUUAGAGGAAGCUACACAAUGGAAUGCUCAAUGUUCCUGGAUGCCCCCGAGCUUCUGGCUGCAUUGAUUUUUGUGGAGUGCCUGGAGGACAACGAGAGUUUGACUGUCGACGGGCUGCUUGCCUUCGACCCAAGACCUCAAGCAAGCGGGGAGCCAGCCCUUGGUCCCUUCGAGUCUUCAGUCUGCCUCCUGGACUUCAAGAGCUACGCCUCCAACCCAGUGGCGCAGUACGAAGACUCCUCUUUACUACGGGAACUCAACAAAUGCCUGGUCACAUUCCGGCAGUCAGUCAGCCGGAGAAGACCCUCCCCCGUGGGUCGCAGCUCAAGCUCCAGUGCAGCCGGACUGGAACCCUACUAUCAGUCACUGUCCUCUUCCAAGACAUCAUCCUCUCGGAACAGCCUCUACGCGACAGACUCGGCGGACCAACAAAGCGAUGACCUCUUCGUGGACUGCAAGGCGCCCGCGGUGAGCACAAAGAGCGCUACGUCUCCGACGAAAAAAACGGCCAAAAACGACGACACUUCGAAACCGAGCUGCGCCCAAAAGUCGCCGAACACCCAAAAGCCUUCCUUAGUUUCCAUCCUGGGAGCUCUGAAAAAGACGGCCGAUGCCUUGCCCGCGGCACAGCCCUUGGCGCAGCCCGCGGCGGCAUCGGAAACGACACCCAGUGUACAAAGUUCGCGCAAGCCGAUCUCAAAACAUGAAACCGCAAAGAAUAUGAUCUCGGACGAGGGUAGCUGCACCCCGAGGAACGUCGCAAGGAAGGUCGCGACAACCGGUCCGAAGCCCGGUGCCUCAAGACCGCCGCCGGCUUUGAGGAAAGGUCAGAGGUCGAUGAGUUCGACUUCUUCGAAAGGAUCCUUCGACAAGACGAGAAGCUUCGAGAGGAUUCUGGGCGGACGCAUGAUGCAGCCUCCGUCUUCGUCGGCACCGAUGCUCACGCAGGCGGUGCUGUGCGCGCAGAGGCACCCUUCUCCGCGACCCGAAAGAAGAGGCAGUGGAGCUUCGGGCGGCAUGGUCUUUCGGCCCGUCACCAUGUCGCCGGUGCUUUCGCGCAAGAUGGCCUUCAGGCCCACCGCCGAACCACCAAUCGGAGACAAGGGGAAAGAUUGCAGCGUUGGUAGGACUGCGAUAGCGCUGCCUCACUGCACGUUCUCUGCGUUGAAGAGCGGCGGUUCGGAAGAGCGGAAGGAACUAAUAGAGCCCCCUGUUUCGUCGCCGCGGGUACAGCAUUCGGUCGAGUCGUGUCCCGAAGAAGACGUCUGCUGGAGGAUGGAGAGUCUCGAGGAGUCUCCGUGCUCGGAGCUGCCGGACCUGGUGGUGCCCGCGCAGAAGCUGGAGCACGCCACGAGUCAGUGCUCGUUCGAGAGUGUCGCGUCCAGCUGCGCGGAGAUGGAGCGGAGGCGGAGCGGGUCGGGUGCCUCGACGCCCUUUGGAUCUCCCAAAGAACGACUGCAGCUUCCUCGACUGUUAUCUCAGAAGUCGGGCGAGGAGGAUUAUCACACUGCAGAUGAAAGCUUGGGGGACAGCCCCGGAGGAGAGGAAGGCCCGUCUCUGAAGACGAGGACACGCUGCCUCAAGUCCAGAAGGGAGAGGUCUUUCGGGACGCAGAGGAGCGGCUCGAGCGUUCUGUCCUCGCGGCACAUGAGCAGGGAGGACUCGGCCAGCUCAGCAGGGUUCGUCCUCGACUACAGGAGCGACGACGACGACUACCUAUUUUCUUUUCUCAGCAAGCACGAGAGAUACGAAGACUUCCGUCGUCGCAUCAAGCGUCGCAGCCGUCGACUGACCCGGCGCCUGAGCCGUGGCCUGCGCGGCAGCUACUCGAGCGGUAGCAGCGACAUGGACGACAUCCACGAAGACCCCGAGCUGGGCUUCUCCCCGCGGAUGCUGGGGCCCAUCCGAGCCGCCAAUUCGGAGCCCACCCUGUGCGGACGCGGGACCGGGGCCCUUUCGGGGACGCAGGACCUCCCGGCGCUGUCCAUCGCCGCCGAGCUGGUCGUCACGUCUUCGCCGGGGCGGCGCCAGACGCUGGUCAUGACGACGGGCAGGGGACGGCCCAAGGCCUACUCGUUCGACGGCGUCAACCCCAACCUCCCGGUGCCCUUCAAGGCCAAGUUCAGGUACCGCAAAACAUCAGAGGAGAGCAGCAAUCCAGAGUCCCUGGGGAUGACACGACAGGACGCCGAGUUCAUCAAAUCGUGCGCACAUCCGCCGGUAUCACCCGAUCUCUCAGAGAUUUCAAACGACGGAGACAGUCCAGAAGAAGGAGUCCCCGAAAUGAAGAGAGAAGAGAGCGCCGACAUCUUAGCUACUGAACGUCCGCCGAGCUCCACUAGCAGUGAAGAGGACGGCGCAGUGCCCUCGCAGUGUUCCGAACUCCUGCAGCAGUCCCGGGCAGGCAUUCGGCCCAUCGCCACGUGCCGGUGGUCGCGCGAGCACACGGAGGGCACGGGCGAUGCUCAGUUGGAGGCCGUCAUCCAAUGGAUAGCUGCCAGCAUCGCCCGGGUGCCCUGCCUGGUGGUCUACACCGGCGGAGAGCCCAGGCUAGAGCAGCUGGCCAAGGUGGGCUUCAAGGUGGAGGAGCGGCGCUGGACGGUGGGAGACCUGGCGUGCGAGACUCUCCGCUUCUGCCGCAACCGUGUGGCUCUGCACGAGGGCAGGAACAGGGACAAGCUCUGCCCGGGCCUCACCCUCUUCACCCAGCUCUUGGGACAAACCGGACCCGGAACCUUCCAGAGCCACGACUCGCUCGAUGUUAUAGGCUUUCUGCCUGUGACCGACUGAAACCAUGUGCAUCUUAAUGGUGGCCUUUUUUUUAAGGUGAGUCCCAACCUAAUAUUGGUGCUUUCUAUUUGUUCUUGAGUAUAACUAGAACGCCUAUUACGGGUGGUUGUUACCAGCGGUAUAGAGUUCUUCAGAAAAUUGCCUUAUCUGAGCCCUUUCCGACUGCUUAUAUUUGAGGUGCUGUUCAAGUUAAUUGGAAUUUUCCAAUGAUAUUUCUUAUUCAUUCGAAUAAGAGUGCCAAAGGCGUGCUCAACUGACUUGUGGCUGUUUCCAAAGCUAGUGCGAAUUAGUACUAUGGGCUUUAGUUCUUUUCUUUCUGGCUUGUUCUCUUGGUACUUGUAGUUCGAAUUCAAGUAAUUCAUGGCAAUUAUGUAAUAAAAGUAGUAUGUAACACGUAACUACAGUGGUGUUUAGGAUGGUGUAGCACUACUUUUCCGGUAUCGUUAUUAUUUGAGCUGAAAGUUUUGUAAUAUUUGUUUGUCUUUAGAGUGCUGCUCAUUUGAAUUAUAUCAAUCAAGAUAGCAAACAUAUAUUACAUAAAAUAUAUUUAACUUAUCAUUGUUUGCAGUAUGCUCUUUGCAUAGGCACAUAACUUUUUGGUGCUAUUCUAGAAGAAAGAUUACAGUUGUAACAGUGAACACUCGUAAAUAUUUUCUGAUUGAAAGGCAAAGACAGAACUAAUAUAUUUACCAAAGUUGUUUCUCCUAGCAAUUACUUAUAUGUCCUCCAGUCUGUUUAGCUGCGUAAAUAUGUCAUGUUAGUGAGUUAUGAUGAACAUGAUUUACAAUUUACUUCUAGUCAAAAGCUUUUAUGAGGACAAUACAGGGAUACAAAUGUCACAACUAAUAUGAAUCCUGUAUUUGUAAAGACUGCAUGCACCUUGUGAUUCACAAGUAUUUUAACGACAUGAAUUUUGACGAAAUAAUUUUAUAAACUUAUUUUGUUUCAAGUUUUUGCUCUCGAUGCAUUCUUCUUCAGCAGUCUCAGAAAGUUGUCACGUUUACCUUAUGUAGCAUAGCAGAAAAAUCACACUUGAGUGAGUUUUGCGGAGUCAACUUUUUUUUUUCCAUACUUGCUUUUAUGUUGGGAUGUGUUUUUACAUUAAAUACUUUGAUGAAAAUGUACAUUAAUUGAACAACAACAUUUAUAUCUAUUCACGCAAUGUGAAGAUAGUUGAGAAGAUUCUGAAGUGACUGUGAGGCUCUGAUAAAUUUGACAUGUGAUUUGUUGUAUUGAAACCUAUUAGAGAACUGCAACUAUUACAUUGAAUGGAUCCUUGCAGUUAAUUUUAAGGCAAAUUGUUGUUUUCACUCAAGUGGUCUCACUUUAUGCAUAGUUUAGUGUCUUCACGAGUCUUGCACCAUACAUGUUUCACAUAUUUUGGUGUUUCUUUUUUUCAGUUGCACAUGAUGUUUUAAUGAAUGUCUCAGCAGUGAAAAAUGGUAGCAAGUACUGCCUUGCACAAGUUCAGGCAUACGGCUCAUGCUGAGGGGCAAGCGUCUUUCCUUUCACACAUAUAACUUGCAUACGGGCUGCCUGCGCACACGGCAUGUCGUGUCCUAUUUUUUUUUCUGAGAUUCGUUCUCAUCUUGAGUGCCUUAUUUUAUGCAAGUUCGAGAAAUACCCUUUUGCCUCAGUGUUGGAAAAAAAGAAAUGUUUGCACAUGUUCCCAAAGAUGUUGUGUAGUUUUACUGGAGUUUUUUUUAUUCCAGGAAAGAUCUAAAAAGUAUACAAUUAUAUUUUCCAAAUAAACAUUUUUCAGGAGUG